AUGCUCGCCUGGCUAACGAUCAUAACACUUGUUUGCGUUCAAGUAAUCGCUCAAUGUCCCGAUCUCCCUCCUCUCUCUGAGCUCAAUGUCACGUCCACACUCCCUGACCCGUUUUCCUGGUACCCUGUAACCAGAGCCGACCGCGUAACAUCAAAGGAAGAUUGGGAGUGUCGCCGACAGCACAUCAGCAGCCUCCUCCAACAGGUCGAACUAGGCACUAAGCCCCCUACCCCAUCCGACAUCAGCGCCUCAUUGUCUCAGAAUAAGCUCUCCAUUACCGUGUCCGAGGGGUCAAAACAGAUCGCAUUCGAUGUCUCGAUCACUUAUCCCUCUGGUGCUGGCGAGGGACCUUUCCCGGCAAUGAUCGCCUACGGCGGACUUAGUCUUCCUCUUCCGGGGGGUGUCGCUACUAUCACGUUCGACAAUGGGGUCAUCGCUCAGCAGACUGACCAGAGUAGUCGUGGGAAGGGGCUGUUCUAUGAUCUCUAUGGUAGUGAUUAUAGCGCCGGAGCGAUGAUGGCCUGGGCCUGGGGUGUUUCUGUCAUUCUCGAUGCGUUGGAAUCUACCCCGUCUGCUAAGAUUGAUACCACGAAGGUUGGCGUCACCGGGUGUUCACGAAACGGCAAAGGCGCACUCGUGGCGGGCGCAUUCGAUUCCCGCAUUGCUCUUACUGUUCCGCAAGAAUCGGGAGCCGGUGGAUCAGGUUGCUGGCGUCUCUGCGAGGCUGAAGACGGCGGGUCGGGGAAUGUGCAGACGGCUGGGCAGAUCGUGCAGGAGAAUGUUUGGUUCUCGUCGGCUUUCAACUCCUAUGUUGAUCAGGUCAAUCGUCUGCCGUUUGAUCAUCAUAUGCUGGCUGGUCUGAUUGCUCCGCGAGCGCUCUUGUCGAUUGAUAAUGUUGGCUACGAGUGGCUGGGGCCGUGGUCUUCGUUGGGGUGUAUGAGUACGGCGAAAUUAGUGUGGGAUGCGCUUGGGGUGUCGGAUCAUAUGGGGUAUUCGUUGUCGACGGAUCACUCGCACUGUGCAUUUCCUGAUCAGCAGAAAGAUGAUCUGGAUGUAUAUGUCAGGCGGUUCUUGUUGGGCGAGGAGGUGAACACGUCGGUAGAGAAGAAUUAUCCCGGAGUGGAGUUUGAUCGCGAGGAGUGGGUGAAAUGGGAUUUCCCUUUGUUGCAGUAG